AUGUCCUGUGAGCGUUACGUGUGUGUGCUUCCACUUGCCAUGCUCUUCAGGUUCCCACGCACGGGGAAGAACCGCAAGGGUGCUUCGGUGGCGAGUGUUUUCCUUUUAGACGCCUCAAAUGGCGUGUGUGUGCUUCCACUUGCCACGCCCUUCAGGUUCCCACGCACAGAGGAGAAUGUCGCAAGGGCGCUUCAGUGGCGUCUGUCCCCUAGCACGGAGAAGAAGAUUCGCAAGGGCGCUUCAGUGGCGUCUGUUCUCUGCAACGUGGACUCCACUGAUGUGACCUGUGACGCGUUGGGCUGUGUGCCUGGUGGCACAUGCGAGGUGGAUCGCAACGGAAAUCAUUUCUGCCUCUGGGACUCUCCCUGUGGCGAGUGCCCCACUGGAGCCACCUGCAAGUCCUUCCCUUCAGCAACCGCCAGUGAGACGGUGGCGCUGCCUUACUGUGCUUGCCCUGAAGGCUCUGGGAUCACCCCGACCGAGUGUGUUGCGGGCGGUACACCCACUGUGUCUUCACACAGCUUCACAUACAUCAUGAAUCGGAAGGCCAAGGACAGGACUUCUCGACCCUACACAUUCCGCCUCAACCUGAAUGCCUGCACGCAAUUUCCCGAGGGCGUGGCUGGGUUGUCAAUGUAUUGUCCUGACAACACUGGUGAUGCCCCGACUUGCUCCAACUACAAGCUUUACGAAGGAGAUAAUUGUGACGGCAAUAUUGUUUUUGAAGGCCCCUACUCACCCUUCGCCGAAUUUGCACU